AUGGCACCCACACCACGACAACCACCACACACCCGCAAACCCAACCCCCACAAACGCGCCAAACUCCCAACCACAACGAAAAUCACAAAACGCCCCCUCCCGCACCCCCCCCUUCCCACCCCACACUCCACCGCCCGACAAACAAUCUACCUCCGCCCCACCACCCCCUUCAUCCCAACCAUCAAACGCAUCCGCACCCUCCUCGCCCACAUCGCCGCGCGGCGCACACAAGCCCUGAUCCCCCGCCGCGGCACCGAGAGCCUGACGGCUGCACACGUCGAGACGGUUACGCUGGAGGAAUUGAGGCGGGGGAGGAGCGGUGGUGGUGGUGGUAGUGGUAGUGGUGGUGCAGGGACCAGGGCGGACGAGGCGGUGUAUGUGAGGGCGAGUGGGAGGGCGAUUGAGCGGGCGUUGGGGCUGGCGAGGUGGUUUUUGGAGAGGGGGGAGGGGGUGAGGGUGCGGACGGGGACGGUGGGGGCGGUGGAUGAUUUGGUUGUUUGUGAGGAGGGAGAGGGGGAUGGGGAUGGGGAUGGGGAUGGGGAUGGUGGUGGAGAGGGGGGAGAGGAGGCGAGGGUGAGGUAUAUUAAUUUUGUGGAGGUGGCGGUUAGUGCGCGGUGA